UGGAGAUUGUAGAAUAUAUUAGAAAGCUAAAAACGGUGCUACUGUACGCUACCGGUAAACUGAUCUCUAGAAAACCAGGGCCUGGUCUCUGUUCUGGAAGAUGACAAUCUUGCAGCCAGCACCAUCAGUGGGUCAAGUGGUCAGGUUAUUUAUCGCUAGUGGCAGUAAGUCAGAUUUGGAUGUUUUACGCAAGACAUGUUUGGUACUAUCCGCUACAAUAAAGACACCAAGGACUACGAGCACUUCAAUCUCUCCACACAACCCCCAGGGCAAGAUGCUCGUGGGUAUACCUUGGUUGCCUGUGAUCGGUGCCGCACUCGCAAGCUCAAGUGUACCGGCGAAGAAGGGGGCUGUGGCAGAUGCCGAGCAGCGUCCACGGUCUGCAAAUACACGAUGAACACUCCCAAUAGAGCCCAGCGAGCGAGAUCAUCGGAGCGUCGGUCUUCAAUAUCGCCUGAGACCUCCAUGUUGAAUAUGGGGCAUACUAAUCAUCCUGCCCCUCGACUAAGAUCAAAUUCCCCAAAACAACCGAGCACAAAUACGGCUUCCACAGGUGUCUAUCCACAGCCGUCCGGGGGCGGAUCAGUGCCACCCGCUCGGGGCAGUGACUUGCUACCACCAACACCGCUAUCAUCUCAAAGACCCGAUGCCACUGGAAACACAACAGUUUGCGAUAUGGACACAAGUUCAUUGCUAACUUUUGAUACACCGGAUCAGCUGGCUCUAGAAGAUUUCAUGGUUCCAGAGCUGGAUGUGUAUCUCGCCGCUACAAAUGGGAUGGAACUCUCGGGUUUGGAUGUUAGCUCUGGUGUGAUACCUUCGCAGCCGUCCGUAACAGAUGCAGGUUCCUCGAUUGCUGGUGGGAGGGCUAUUUCUGCGGGCCCCGUUUCCGCCCACAUUCCGAUGAACCGCGGCUUGAACCGCACAGCAGACUGCAACUGCCUUCCAAAUCUCGUCGAACUACUGGAACGGCUGGGUCUACUAGAGGUAGACCAGAUAGGGGUUGAUGUACACUUGCUAUGCCUGAGGUCGGCCGUAUGUAUUUGCAACAAGACUAUCUCCUGCAGGACAUGUACCGCUUGCUUUGAUAAUCCGAUCCUCCUCGCGACAAUCUCACAGAGUUUGGCUACUAUUGCAGAGCAUGUGUAUCGUUCAUGCGUACAUCUACGGGAUCCUAAAUUUCCCAGUCGAACUUGGGAGGAGAAGGAGAUCAUAUGGGGAAAUUACCAAACAGGCGAUGUCCUCGAAAGUGCUAUCUGGCUUGGACGGUACCGAGUCGAAAGUCCCAUAUUACGGAAUACGAUGGUUUGUGAGGCCGGUGCGAUGCAUCUAGCUGAGCUCCAACAGAUGUUGGAAUUGCUGAGGGGUCGACUAGGACCGAGUCGGGUCGCAGUCACGCAGGUGUCUAGAGCGGGGGAGAGUACGUCUACCUUUCUCAUCGCGCUUCAUGAGCUGUCAAGAAGUGUUUAGGGAAAUUCAUGUUGGCAGUAGUUAGCUUUUGAUAAAAGGCGAAUAACAAUAUAGAGGAAUGGC